AUGUCACAAUUUUUAGAUAAACUUCGUAACGAUAUUUCAAAACUUUAUGAAAAUGCAGAUGAUUAUAAUGUUUUAAUAGAAAUCGGUGAAGGAUCAGAUAAAAAAACUUUUAAAGCUCAUUCAGUAAUAUUACGUUCAAGAUGUAAUUUUUUUCAUGUAGCUUUAUCAAAUGAUUGGCGUAGACGAGAUACCGAGAAUUCUGAAAUGAUGAGUCUUAAAAAACCAAAUAUUUCCCCAAAAGUUUUCGAAAUAAUUUUAAAAGAAACAAAAGACCUUUUGGGACUUUUACAAGCACUUGACGAACUUGGAUUAGAAGAACUCUUUGAAUAUAUUCAAGAUUUCUUCAUUGUUCAUGAAUCAAAAUGGUUAAAAGAUUAUCUUUAUCAAGUUACUGAAAAGAUAGCAAAAUUAAUACCAUUAAUUAGAUUCACUGAUAUUUCAAUAAAUGAAUUUGAUGAAUAUGUAAGACCUUAUGAUUCAAUUCUUCCUAAAGUUUUACAAUCAACUCCUUGGAGAUAUACUUUUUCAAGAUCACAGUUGGAUAAUGUACCUUUAGCGUUAAUCCCAAGAAAACCACCUUAUCAUAUUGACUCUCUAAUAAUUGAACCAAAAGAAGCUGCCUUAAUCGCAAAUUGGAUAGAUCCUAUGGAAGGGAAGUCAGUUAAUGGUAGAAUUCAAUUUGGUAAUAUAAAAUUUCAUUUAUUACAUAGAGCAAGUCAAUCAUCAUUUUCUUUUGAAUGUUUUCACAAUAAAUGUGAUGGUAAUGGACCGGUGAUUGUUUUACUUAAAAUAUCUUCAAGAAGUUAUGUAGAAAAUAAUAAAGAAAUAAUAGGUGGAUAUAAUCCAGUCGGAUGGAACAGUCUAGAUAAUUAUAUAGAAACGGAUCAUAGUUUUAUUUUUAGUUUUAAUGUUUUAUUUAAUAAAACAAUGACACCUAAAAUUAGUAGAGUUCAACAAAGAUGCAGAAAAUUUGCGAUAUAUGAUGGCGUAAAAUUUGGACCAUCUUUUGGUAAAGGUGAUUUGGAAUUUUCAUGUGAAGAAACCCCAGAUGAAGGAUUUUGUAGACAAAAUUGUUAUGGUGAUCCUAUAAGAACAACAAAAGAUAAGUUUUUAAUAGAAGAAAUGGAAGUCUUUAAAGUUAUUAAAUCAAGAAAGUUGGAUUAA